CUGCACUACGGGACCCUCCUGGGCAGCAGAGCUUGUGCCCACAUGGCAGCAGCUGCCUGGGCCAGUGCCUUUCUCUAUUCACUGCUGCACACAGCCAAUACAUUUUCCCUGCCCCUGUGCCAUGGCAAUGCCCUGGGCCAGAUCUUUUGUGAGGUGCCCCAGAUCCUCAAGCUCUCCUGCUCCAAAUCCUACCUCAGGGAACUUGGGCUCAUUGUGCUAAGUGCUCUUCUAUUUUUUGCUUGCUUUUUGUUCAUCGUUUUCUCUUAUGUGCAGAUCUUCAGGGCUGUGCUGAGGAUCCCCGCUGAGCAGGGACGGCACAAAGCCUUUUCCACCUGCCUCCCUCACCUGGCUGUGCUCUCCCUGUUUCUCAGCACUGCCACAUUUGCCUACCUGAAGCCGCCCUCCAUCUCCUCCCCAUCCCUGGAUCUGGCCUUGUCAGUUCUGUACUCGGUGGUGCCUCCAAGAUUCAAAGAGGAACACGAGGACAGCUCCCUGUCCCUCUCCUAUGUCUGCACAGCAAGGCUGAACUAUAAAAACCUCUGGGUGUACCUGCCCUAA